AUGGAGAGGGGCCGAGCGGCGACGGCGGCGGCGGGGGUGGGGGUGGGUCAGAAAAACGAACGUGAGCCCGAACGGGACGAGUACGACGACGAGGGAGAGGGAGAGGACGGCGACGGCGAGCUGUCGAUGGGCCCGCCGCGGGAGCUGAUGGCGUCCAUGUCGGAGCUCGCGAAGAUCGUCGGUGCGCUCGACCUCACCGCGGGCGGCGGCGGCGGGCUUGCGGAGGGAGAGGCGGAGGGCGCGGGGCUCCUGCAGCGCGUCCGGGACGCGUUUGCGGAGGACCCGUCGCAGUGGCGGGCGGAGGUGCUGCAGAGCGUGCGCCGGAUGGAGCGCAUGCUGGGCAGGAUGGAGCGCUGGCAGGCGCGGGUCGGCCCCGGGGAAAUCGAGGCGUUGAAGCGCGAGACGGCGAGGCUCGAGCUCCGCGUCCGUGCCGUCGUCGACCAGAAAGCCAUCUCGGGCCAGGGACAGGACGAGAGGAUGCCGGGCGCGCUGGACUUCCCGGAGGCCUUCGCUAGCACACCGCCGAGUUCACUCAAGAAUGGCAAAACCACGACGGAGCAGGAGGACAGCGACGCGGACAGCACCUCAGACGGUGCCUCGGACAUCUUCAGCGCGCCCUCUGAGUCCGGGACAGGGCCCACCGAGCUCGAGCCCGACUCAGGCCCCGUCUCGGACAUACGCCCACCCAUCCACUUCACCACCCCGCAGCCAUUCCCGCCCCCACCGAUCCCGGUGCCGUCCCUCCCGCCGUUCGUCCCACCUCCACCCCCAGCACCCGCCGCCCCGCCCACGGCGCCCCCGCGCGUGCACAACGGGCCCCCGAUGCUCACCCCGACGGGCAUCUCGCCCACCGCCGGCUCGUCACUCGGACACGCGCACACGCACGCGGUGAAGAACUACAACACGCCGCCGCCCGCGCCGCCUGCGCCCGAGGCGUUCCUCGCCCGGAACCCGUGGUCGAUGCUCGAGCACGGCUGGACGUUCCUCGCCGAGGCGUACAACAACGUGCUCAUCACCCGCCCGCUUCAGGAGUGGUUCGGGAAGCAGGCGGCGGAGAGCAGGGAGGAGGAGCGGUGCAUGCGCGUCGUCCUUGCCCGCAUGCGCGCCGACACGCGCGUCCCGGCCCCAGCGGCGGACGCCUCCCAUGUACAGACACAACCGCAACCGCAACCGCAGACGGGCCCCGGCGAGCGCGAGAAGAGCGCACCGUUUGGCAGCGCGGCGGCACGAGCAGAGGCUGCCGCGCGCGCGACGGACGCGGGCGCCGCAUCUUCCUCCACGUCCUCGCAGCAGGCCACGGUCCCGCCGCCCGCGCCGAUGGACAAGAACGCGCCGUUCGUGACGCGCCUCCCGUACCCGAUCGUCGCCCAGCCGUCACGCAAGGGCAAAGAGACACCCUCCGCGGCCCCGCCCCCGCCCCCGCCGCCGUCGACGGGCCCCCCGCCCGCGCAGCGCAUCCUCGCGCUGCCGAAGCGGCGCGCGCCGCUCAGCCUGCGGUCCGCGGACGCGAAGGCGUUCGCGCACGUGAUGCAGACCGCGAUGGCGGGGCCGGGCGCGCGCCCGGGCGGGUCGGCGCAGGCGACGCGGGAGAGCCGGGAGUCGAUGCUCGCGCUGUACGAGGCGACGCGGACGCGGUUCCCGGUGCGGAGCCCGUGGGACUGCUGGCACCGGUGGCACACGCCGUGGGUCGUGCCCGAGCGGGAGCAGGCGGACGGGGGCAGCGAGGGGACGGUGGUGUUCGACUACCUGCUCGGCAACCUCGCGCAGCCGUGCGGGGGCGUCCCGGCGCAGGCCCCGGGGGCGCGGGGGAAGGGGAAGGCGGCGGCGGGCGGGUGGGUGUACCGGCCGGUGCCGGGGACGUUCCCGGACGCGCGCGGGGUGCAGCACGAGCUGAGCGGCGCGUACGACCCGCGGCCGGGGAUGGUCGCGCUCACGCGCAUGUCGCACGUCCUGGCGGAGAUGGCGUGGAGCGGGGCGGGCAUGGGCAGGUUCUUCACCGGGAUCAUCACCGAGGACGUGCUCGCGAACCGCAGGGUGCGGAUGCCGGCGACGCUCGACGGGCUGUGGCCGCGGAAAGCGUCGCAGCCCAAGGCCGCUCCCCCGGCGCGACAUGGGGUGCCGAACGCGAACCAGGCGGUCAGCCUCCACGGCACGUCUGCGGCGGGGACGCUGUUCACCUCGGUGCCCCCGACUGGAUCGCCGCUCGUGCCGCAACAACCCUCGCCAGCUGCACCUCCCCUUGCGAUGCCCGCACUCCGUACGGCGACCGCACCCUCAGCUCGCCCUCAGCAACAGCAGCAGCAGCAGCAUCCGCCACACCAGAACCCCCCACCACAAUCGCAGCAGCAGCAGCAGCAGCAGCUCGCACCUCCACCUCCACCACCAACAACGCAACAGCAGCCGCUGCCGUACCUCCCACACCCCACCCCACGGCCCCCGCCCCGCCGCGACCCACCGCGGGUCCCGGAGGGCACGCUCGGGCACCCAACGCGCCCGGGGAUGCUCCCGUGGUUCUGCGCGGCGGUCGUCCGCGCGGACGUGCUCCGGCUCGUGACGGGCCUGCAGCGCGCGGAGCGCGCGUUCCGCGACGCGUUCGCACCCGCGCCCGCGCCCCCGGAGGCGGAGCGGCGCGUGCGCGAGUGGGAGCGGGAGAGGGAGCGGGAGAGGGAGGAGUUCGGGUGCGUGCCGGCGCACCUGAGGGGCGUCGGGGCGCCCCCGCCCCCGCCGCUGGUGGCAUCGUCGUCGGCGUCGUUCGGCUUGGCGUUGGGGGACGCGGCGGGGACGCGGGCGAGCGCGGCGGUGGGGGCGUAG